AUGGGUGGCUCGCAAAGCACUAGGAAACUGAGUGUUGAUAAUGAAAAUGCCAUACAAGUAUCUCAAGAAGCGGUAGAUCGGAUACAAGCUCAGAUUAACUCAAAACAAUCUGAGCAGCCUCGGCAACCCCAAUAUGUACCACCACCCCCAUACUAUGAUAAUCAGAAACUGCAAGAGUUCGCCGCCGAAGAAGCAUAUUGGGCAAGACGCAUUGAAAACUUAAAGCGAGCUCAUGAGAAAAUUAACAGCGGCAUGCAUAUAGAAUACCAGAAAACUUUAAAGGAAGCUAAUGAAUUGUUUGAUCUUGUACAUGCAGAUAAAGUUGUUACAAAACUAGCACCAUGUCAGGAAGAAAAAGCAAAGGUGUUAGACUGCUACAGCUCAAACCCAAACAAAUCAUUGUUGUGUUCUGUGCUAGUGAAUCAAUUCAAUGACUGUGUGUGCCGAAGUAGAAUCACUGCCGUCUCAGCUUCCUCCUGA